AGCACGACCAUCUCUACCUGCGUAUUGAUAUCCAUUUCGCAUUCAGCGCCACUCCUAGUUGUAGGUUGCAGAUUGAUGCCCCCUCGGUCUUCAUAAUUGUUAUCUGUCCCCGUCUCUAAUGAUCAUAUCCAUGUGAUUCUCUUAUUUCAUCUCAAACGUAAGUAUAUGACCCUCAACAUUAUCUGAUGGAAUUUUAUUUUUAUUAAAAGAAGUUUGUUUUAUAUCUGGUGUGGGUAGCAACAGUAUAGCUUGUAGAAAAUCAUGAUGAUGACCUCUCUUGUCGGGGUCUCCUUCGUUCACCGGAAAGAAAUGUCCUCGUGUCGCGUCGAAGCAAGGUUUAUGUCGUUCACAACACCGCGAAGAAAAGAAAAAAUGGAGCCGAAAGAACCAGCGUGUCGCGACUGUGUUGACCGUUUCUUCUGUUAACAGACCGGCCCAGGAGUGGCAGCAGCUUGAUUGGUGCGUGGUCGAGUACAAGCUUGUUCAGCGUCUGGAUUCACUACAGACCUUGCCAGUCGUCCAGCGGCAGAUGGCAAACCUCGCAACGAAACUGGCGGCUGUGGUCGCCGUGUUGGCGGUUUUGUUGUAUUUUGGCAAGGUAUGGAUCGUGUACAUGAUCGUGGAACCGCUGCUCGACCUAGCAUCCGACACGGGACUCGUGCCUUUCGAUGUGGCAGAGACCAUAAGCCCGAGCAGAGAGCGAAAUCCCUUCGCCGGGGAGGAGGAGCGCCCGGAAGAGAUGCGAAGGUAAAAAUAAAAAAGUACACUAUCUGCAAAGAACAUUUGAGGGGAACUACAUGAAAAAGAAGAGAAACAUGAGCCGAUUGCGGUUCGCACUUCAAAAGAAAUAGUACAGAGUUCUUGCUACAACAGGAACAGCACAGGCACACACACGCGAUAUUCAUCUUGUGCAUGAAGAUACCACUACUCAUCCGUACAGGUAUUCGAGCAUCCUCCGGACGGCAAUCGACUACACCACCGCCCGGGAUUUUCCGAGAGCCCAGCAGUACCUGGAGCUCUGUAGCGACCGCCGUAAGGUGCCCGAGAAUCUCCGCGAGAUCGUGGCGCGGAGCCAGUACGCCAAUGCCAUUGUGCCGAAAACGAACAGUGAGGGUGGAACAACCGAUCAGGAAGAGCAGGACGUGAUGGGAGAGACCAUGUACACCUUCAAACACCCUAGGCCGAUCAUUCCAAACGAAAAGGAUCAGCAGGAACAAGAUGGGGAAAACCCGGACGGCAGUGGGCAAAACAACAUUGGCAACAAAAGUUCUGUCUACGAUCCGUACUGCGUAAACAAAAUCGGCGAGUUCCUGCUGACUGGAAUGGUGUUCGAGAAAAAUUUUACCUCGGCCAUUCACCACUUCGUGGAGGCAGCGAACGUGGGGAAUGAAGACGCACAGUACAACCUCGGGGUGCUCUUCGCGAACAUUCUGGAGGAAGACCCGCACUACGACAUACUCCAGAAAAUUGUAUAUAUUUAAAGAUGAUAGUUAUUCAUACUAUUUUCCUGCUGCUUUGAUGUUGCCCUCGUGUUCUUUAUUUUUAUUUCCCCGCCUAACUACAGGCAGAGGCUGAGGCAGACCUGUGCUACAGGUCUGCGGCUUGCGAGAGAAACUACUAAACCAGGUGGCCGCGUACACGAACAAGACGGCGUUCUUUAUUUUCUACGAUGUGCUCUGCGACAACACGUCGUCAACCGCUGCUGUCGCUGCUCCACCUUUUGCACGGUAGUACAACAGAGCAAAUUCUGUAUCGAGAUCGAAAAUCAAGGCCAAAUAGGGGUUUUACUGGUGAAUAAAAAAAAGCAAAACUCUUUAUAACAGGUUCACGGCCGUGCGACCAACCUUCCGAAGUCAAGUAAGGACGCUAUGAGCAUUCUUUACCUCUAUGCAGCCUCGACUGCCGGACACGCGGGCGCGUUGAUGGCCAUGGGCUAUCGCCACUCAGAGGGGUUCGACGUGCCAAAGAUAUGUACGGAUAAUAUUGAUUCCCUAUUUAAUAUUUUCUUUAGCUUCCAAAUAAUGCCACUUUCCAAGUUAGCACGACUUAAAUUCAUAUGGGUUGUAAGGGACGAGAGAGUCAGACUCAGUCUCAGAUUAUGUUGAAAUAAAUCUUCCUCUUUCAUUCUUUACCGUAUCUAUGAUGAUAAGUCAGCAAAAAUUAUCAUCUACUCACCAGGUUCCACCGCUGCGCUGAAUUACAUCGAGGUUGCGAAGGGGAUCACGGAGAUUUACUCCAGUGGCAUGCCCCAGGCCGUCGAGCUGAUCCGGCUGAACCUGGACCACAAACAGAACAAAAAGAUGAUGUCGGAGGGGGAAAUCAACCUAUUCACCCAGAUCGCCUCCUCUGGGGACACCGCCGUGGCGGCGGCUAUCGGGAAACGGUACCUCCUGGGCAUUGACGGGUUCCGCCAGAACUAUGCCAAGGCACUGGAGUACCUGAAACUCGCCGCCAAUGCCAACCACGGGGGCUCCUUCGGCCUCCUCGGGUACAUGUACGCCUUGGGGCUGGGGGUGGAGAAAAAUCUCGACACCGCGCACGAGUACUUCGUCUCCGCCUCAAUCGAGGGCGACGCGCUCGGGCAGAACGGGCUCGGGUACUUCUAAGUUGGAUCCUGUUGUACUCAGCACAACUUCUACGUACCUCGUGAAGAUUCGGAAAGUUUUUUUCUGCGUCAGCAGCUUGUGUCGUGUGGUCCAAGGUUGUUCCACCUCGAAAUUCUUAGCAGCUGAGUUUCGGGAGAUGAACGCCUUCAUAUUUCAACAUCAACGCCACUGCUUCUACUUCUAAACCAGGUACAUUUAUUUCCACGGUACGGACAAGCAGGAGCGAAAUGUGAAGCUUGCCUACCAGCACUUCAACGAGAGUUCCUACGCAGGGUCCGCCGACGGCAUGUUCAAUCUUGCCUCCGUGUUUCUCACGGGGGUCGGUGUCGAGCAGAGCUUCCAAAAAGCCGUGCUGUGGUACACCCAGGCCUUAGACCGAGGCCACACGCCCGCGGCCUAUUCACUCGCCAUCAUGCACCUGAAUGUACUUUGUUUAUGUUAGUUUUGAUGUUUUUCAUUUUCAUUACGAAUAUGUGUGUGCGCUGCGGUCGCGGAUGGACAUAGCAAGGAAAUAAAGGAUGUUGAACAAAGUAGUGGCUCUUGACAACGUCAGCGAGCGUCAGCACCUAAAAUUCUUGAAAAUGCGUCUGUACUAAUUCGGAAAUUUGGAGGUGCAUCUCAUUCUCCCUUCUGCUCGCUUUCACCGAAGAUCAAUGUCUACUCAUCCUCCUUUCAACAAAAUCAAAUCAGGGUGUUGGCACCGUUCGUGACUGCAGUAUCGCCGUGAAUUUGUUGAAGCGUGUGUGCGAGCGCGGGAGCUGGGUGAGCAGUCGACUACAGGAGGCGUACGCGCUGCAGCAGCUUGGUCAGACGACCGAUACCACCAGUAGCUCCAGCUCUUUCACCUCUGCAGCAACGGGCUCGGCCGCCAGCCAGUACACGAACGCCGACAUGUCCGCGUUUUUGUUCCUGCAGCUCGCCUAUCAAAUAUAAAAAUGUCUGGGUCUGGAAGAAUGCGCGAUUUGUGAUGCAGCUUUUUCAUGACCCAUGAGGUCUGGAAUGCAGGACCUAGCAUGACAGAUUCUGCGCGAUCUCUCUCAUGCCUAUCCUGCAUGAGAAACUGCCUCCCGACUUGGUCAAAAUUGGAUGACUUUUGGUAAUCAUGCAGCACAGAUUUUUGCAUGCUUCAGAUUUAGCAUGACAAGUUGCAUUCUUCCAGACGGACCCAGACACUUUUGCAAUCCAUAUCGCCGAGGCGGGCCACGAGGUGGCGCAGAUGAAUUUAGCGCACCUCAUGGACACGGGCAAGUCCUCGCUGGUGAUGGCGUCCCCCCUGUUUUCGCGGUUCUAUGCGCAGCGGCACUAUAUCAUAAGGAAAAAUGCCCCCUCCCCAUAUCGAAAAGGUACGUCUCAGAAAAUUUGUAAUGCUGAUUUGUGACCACAAAUCGUCUCUGUCUUGCAAGAACGCAACUCCACAGGCUCCGCCGCAUUCUGCAAGCGGUUUGUGAUGCUGUUGGCCCGACAGACUAGACGUUUGCUAUGCUCAGCGCCUAGCCCAAAACCUCUCCACUCAGGCUUCGUAAAGGCCUGCAGUCCUCUCCAGCAACACAAAUCUGAUUUGUGUACGCAAAUCCAGCAUCAGAAACUUCGUUUUGAUAUGGGGAGGGGGGAUUUUUCCUCACAAUACACUACGAACUGUCUGCAGACCAGGGGAGCGCAAGCAGCGAGCUCCGCUUGGGCGACUUUGCCUACUACGGCUGGGCACGGAGCGACAGCCCCUUAGAAGAGCUCACAAACAGCAUGAUUGCACCGCCUAAUAGUAAAAGUGGCGAAUCUUCUACUACUCCUGGAGCGUCCUCUGACGCGGCAGCCGGAGGGAGUGCAACAUCCUCAAAUAGCGAUGGCAACUCGGGGGCUCAAGCGCGGCCAUCUUCGGGGGCCGCAACGAGUGAGCACGACGAGGAGCAACUUGGCAUUUACAACCCGCAAAGUGCUGAGCAAGUGGAGGACGUGCUAAACAGUGACAUGCUGUCGGCAGAAGAGGUGGAGAUUAUGAAGUCUAUGGGCGUCAAGACGGCGGAGGAAAUGCGGUCCCGGGCCAAGAAGAAGUCCCCCCGCUCGAAAUGGAACGAGGAAGACCUGCUCGCCGAGUCCGAGGCGCGUGAGAUCCUCGAGCGCAUCGACGAGUCGUCCAACGGUGCGGACGCCGAUGGCGAUCAGAAUCUGCUGGAUCAACUGAAGAAAUCCUCCAUGACGCUGGAGCGCAUCGCGCAACUCCACGCACACCCGCCCGACAUGGAGGCCGCGAUCUCGCACUACUGGAAGGUAUCCAACAUGCAGGUCACCGGGGAAUGGAUGCAGCACUUCGUCGCCCGAGCAAGCUUCAACCUUGGUAUACUUAUUUGCUAUCAUAAUUUCAACAUCGAGAAGCUUGCUUUUUUUCAAAUAUGAAUUUUAAUGCAGCUCCUGUGCGUGACCGUGAGCUCGUCGUUGCCCUGUCUCAGGCUCUUCGUCUUCCUCCAGGUUCGCUUCAAUGAUCUCUGUCCGGAAGCAGGCUUUUUGUUAGCCUGAAGAUCUCCGGACCGAACUCCACCAAAUCUGAAUUUAUCAUCUUCAUCCCAGGUUUCAUGUACCAAUUUGGACUGGGCAUUCCGCAGGACCUGGCUUUGGCAAAACGGCUCUACCAGCGAUCGAUCGAGCUGGACCCGGGGACGGUGACCGCGCCUGUGACCAUCGUGCUGCAGGCGCUGGCUGCGCACAAGUGGCUUCUGGAGAUGCUAUCAAAUGCAAAAGUGUCUGGGUCUGGAAGAGUGCCAGACUUGUCAUGCAGGUUUUCCAUGACCCAUGAGGUCUGGUAUGUAAGACAUAGCAUGACAGAUGAUUCUGUGAGAGUUCUAUCAUGCCUAUUCUGCAUGAGAAACCACCUGUCGAUUGGCUCAAAAGUGGACAGCUUUUUGCAAUCAUGCAACACAGAUUUUUACAUGAUUCAGAUUUAGCAUGACAAGUUGCUUUGUUCCAGACCCAGACACUUUUGCAUUUGAUAGAUGCCACCGCUGGACGAAAUCCAGCGAAAAAUGCUCCGGGACCCCAGAACACACGUAUUCUUGUUGCUCAAGAUGAAUUUUUUAUGUUGUAGUAUAGAGAGAUGAGGAUGACCACCUUCGUCCGGACAGCAGAUCAUGGUGACUGACGUCGCGUGGCUCGCUGGCUUUGAUAGCCUUCGCAAGGCGCUCACUGACUUGUGCUGUUACCCUGUAGUUGCAACGCCGACGGAUUUUUUUCGUCUUUUUACGGAAAUAAAUUGCAAUCGUCGAGUAAAGCUGCUGCAAUUGCAAGAGCUAUACGACAAUGGCAAGAUAAAGAUUUUCAACACCUCUAGUUGUCUCAGCGCAUCUUCUCUAGCCUAUAAUAUAAUUCACAACCCCAACUACUACCAAACAACAGGUGCUCGUCCUGGUGUUCGCCUUUUUGCUAUUGCUGCUGCUCGUGCGUCCGCGCCUACAGCGCAGCUGGGAGAGGAAACAGGAAGAGAAAAUAGCGCAGGAAAAGGCCGCAAAAGAAGCCGAGGAAAAAAGACAGGAGGCGCUCGACAAAAAGCAGGAGGAGAUCCACCGAAAAAUGCUGAAGAACCCGAGUCUGCAGUCCUUUAUGCAGGAACAGGAGCGACUGCAUGAGAUCGCCAACGAACUGGGCCACGACGUCACGGAGUGGACCAAUUUCGGGGGGCACCUCAGCGGCGGCAGCAUCGAAGAUAUGAUGGACAAACGCACGCCGGAAGCGAUCGAGGCCUUCAAAAACGAGUUCAAUUCCAAUUUUAAGUUGAUGUCAACAUCUAGUUCGAGUUCCUCUACUAACGCGGCCGGCCCGUCGUCAGCACUCGCUCCGGGCAUCAAGGCACAGGAAGUAAGUAACGGAACAUCACCAGCUGGUGCACAGCACCAGAGCUCAUCGACCACGACUGGAAGGCCGAAUGGCGCCCCGCUUGUCUCCUCCUCGGUCUCGAGCAGCGGUGGCGGCGCCAGUGGCAGCGGGAGCGCCAGUGCCAGCAACGCGUCUGGGUCGAACCCACCAUCCAAGGACCAACAGACGAGCAGCGACGCCAAAAUGGCGGACCACCUUCUGGAUAGCAUGCAACGGGAAAGUGGGGCCACAGGUUCGUCCCCCGGUGCAGCUGCUUCCCAAGGCGGCUACACGCUUGGCGGCUCCUCGGAUGGCAUGGCCGAAAGUAAACUGCUGCAGCAAAUAGACCCGGGGAUACAAGCUGCAAACAAAAAAGACGGGGAAGAGAAAACAUAGUAGAGCCAGUCAGAGAGUCAAGUACUACGCCCGGGAGAAGAACCUUCUGCUGGUGUUUAAUCAUAUUUCGCCACCUGAUAGUGAUAAUUAAAUUCGAUUACAUUUCAAAAGACAACGACGAGUUGGAGUUUUUAGUAUUCUUUUCGACGUAUUAAACAUCAAUCAAGCGACCGCACCAACACCAUCACCACGCAUAAGGAAUGUGUGGGUGGCCAGUUGGAGUGGUAGCGUGUCAACGUGGUCAUGGUUCAUGUUCAAACAUUUUUUUCAGAAUGUACAACUGUACCGAAAAUGUCCUGAUCCUCGACCCCUGUCGGUUUGAUGGAGGAAUCGGACACCCCCUGUGUUGUCGCUGAUUUUUUCAUAAACCCCAAAUGCGCGAGAACUAGAUGUAUGUACGUGUACCAGCACCAGCAGCUUACAAAUACAAAUGUAACAUUCAGAUUAUUUAUCAGGAUUCUUAACGCUGGUUCCUCUGCCACCACCUCGCAAGAAUAACCCUUCAGACGACAUUAUUCUAGCAACGACACCCUCCGCGCUUGCUCUUGUGCGGCCGCACCAAUCCGCACCAAGGACUAUUCUACACUUUCCCCUUACCCUUGCCACCCCGGCAUGAUGGUACUCGCCGGUGCUCACAGAAACAGCCGUGCGAGCCGUAAGCCUAGCGACUCGUGGACGACAACGACCCUACUGAUUGUCAACAUACUUGCACAGCUAUGGGACAUGGCUUGUCACAAAAUGAACAUGGUGGAGCUUAUUGGUGAUGAUUCAGGAAAUAACACAGCGCUCCUUGAUGUGUUGUCCCCUAUUUGAUUUAUUGCGGACUUCGAAGAAACUGAAACUCGACAGCUUGAUGUUGUACAAGUUACUUGAUGUCCUCCAAGAAUGAAUCUUUAUCAAAAUCUGAUGUGGCUGUAUCGGCUGGUGCCCGUCUCGUUUUUACA